UAAACUUAACAGAAACAUCGGCUACAACGACAACAAUAGUGCAAGUAUAGCCGCUAAAUCGGCGAUAGUCAUAUCAUCGUCGCGCAUCUUUUGUAGAGUCAUAGCAAAAAUCCCAACUCAAACAUAUCAUUCGGUACUUUCCGUCUGCGUAGCAAGCAAGCAUGCCAGUGCACUUUGGGAUUGCAUGUGUGUACGCAUUGGGAAUUCAAGGAAGAAACAAAAUAAGACCAGAUUAUUUUGUGCAUUUACAGUGAUUUGCACGAAUUCAGACUGAAUAGUCAAACGAACCAAUGGUUCAAAGAAAACCAAACACAAAAAAUGCGACAUUAUAUUCAAUUGAUAUUCUUAGUAGUGUGCUGUUUAAGUUUGGGAAAUGCACAAUCUCAAUGCCUGACGCCUGAUCAGAGACAAGGCUCUUGUAUCGAAUUACGUCAAUGUACCAGGCUCCUCAAUUUGAUUCGAGACCCAAAUCUUUCGAUUACUGACCAAAAUUAUCUACGCAACAGCGAAUGUGCUCGCACUAACAACCAUCAACGUUGGGUUUGCUGUUCACCCGACGACGGCCCACAAGAGUCGUCAUCAAAUCCGCCGCUCACAUCCAAUACUCGGGGCGAUGUACAAGGCAAUCGUCGUGGAUUAAGUGUGAAUGAUCUACCGGAACCCGGUGUUUGCGGAAGUUCACUGGACAAUCGUGUCACUUUUGGGGAGCCGACUAAAAUCAAUGAAUUUCCUUGGAUGGUCCUUAUCCAAUACACCAAAUCAAAUAGUGGCAAGGGCUUCCAUUGUGGUGGUGUUCUCAUCAAUAAAGACUAUAUAUUGACAGCAUCACAUUGUGUUAAUGGCAGAGGUGUGAGUCAACUCGGAUGGGUCCCAACAGGUGUGCGACUUGGUGAAUGGGAUCUAAGUAAUGACGAUGAUUGUGACGACGGCUAUUGCUCAGAACCGGUCCUUGACAUCCCAGUGGUGGAGCGUAUCCCUCAUGAAAAUUAUAAGUCUAACUCAAAAACACAAGAAAACGACAUUGCUCUGCUUCGUUUGGCGCGAUCAAUCACUUUUACUGAUUGGAUUAAACCCAUCUGUCUUCCGAUAUCGCCCGGUCUAACUGGCAAAAACUAUGACAAUUCAACAUUCAUUGUGUCUGGUUGGGGACGAACUGAGAAUGUUUUUUGCUGUUUUCCUUUAGGUACCAACAGUAAUAUUAAGUUGAAAGCUGAAGUUGAUGGUGUUCCAAUCAAUCAAUGUAAUAAUGUGUAUCGUGAACGAAAUGUCAUGUUGACCGACAAGCAAUUAUGUGCUGGCGGCGGUGUAUCAGGAAAAGAUUCGUGCAAAGGUGACUCUGGAGGACCAUUGAUGACAAAACAUAACCCUGAUCCGUACCACAUGUUCAUUUACUUGGCCGGUCUAGUUUCGUUUGGACCGUGGCCUUGUGGACUUGCAGGAUGGCCAGGCGUUUACACUAGAGUUGAUCAGUACACCGAUUGGAUAUUGUCCCAUAUGAGAGCAUAAAUGCGAUAGAACCGCAAUCUGAGGAUUAAAUCCUGUGAAAUCAAUGAGAUUCCUGAGUUUUAUACUACUCGAAUAUUUUAUUCAAACUUUAAUUUCAUUUUCUAGGAAAAAAAAGUGUUCGAAAAACAUGCUAUUAUAGAAAUUUGAUAUAGUAAUGACUUGUUAAUGAGUUUACAAAAUAAAGAAUUGGAAAUGGUCUAAACAAGGAACAGUUAAAUAUAUCAAGUGUAUUUCAUACUGUGUAAUAAAAAUUGACAGAAUAUCAAAAUGAGGAUGG